UCUGACGUCAUGACGCGGGGGCGGAGUUUUGAAGGCGAGCCGGGAUUCCUGAGGAUUACCCGUCAUGCCCCGCGGGUAAAGAUGGCAGCAGAUCAACUUUUCCCGGAGCUCUGAGCGGAUUCUGUCUCCAGUAACGGAGCACCUCCCCGGGCCGCCGCUGCUCUCGCCGGCCGCCGUCCGGCUGCCCUGCCCACAGCGCCGCUACCGGGAGUCGGAUCGGUCCGGAGCCCCCCGCUUUGCUCUCCCAGCCGGAGGAAGGACCGCGGACCUCGAGCUGAAGUUUGUCCAUCCUCGGCGGAGCCGCCCCGGGCCGCGCUGGGCCGCUGACCGCCGCUCAGGUUUUGGAUCAGAACACAGAAGAGGGUCCAAUCAGAGGAUGAAGAGUUCCAGGUGUGAUCCUUUCUAUGGAUGAAGUCUCUUCCAGAACAGUUCACAGCUCAGCAGGACCGCAGACCCGACUGGAACCAGCAGGCAGGAUGGCAAGCGCCGGCCCGGCCAGGAAGCCGUACCGCAAAGCUCCGCCGCAGCACCGCGAGACGCGCCACGGCCUGACCCCCGCCUCGCCGCCGCCCGCCCCGCGGCCCGACUUCAGCCAGGAGGCGCUGUCGGACUCCGACAGGAUCAGAAUUCUCCAGCAGCAGAACGAGGACCUGCGGCACCGCCUGUCACGCUCCACCCACAAGAUGGAGGCCAUGGAGGCGGAGUUUGAGGGCAGCCGUCACUACAUGGAGGCGGAGCUCAGCCGGACCAGAGACGACCUGGAAAUGAGGGACAAGUUCCGCAGACUCCAGAACAGCUACACGGCGUCGCAGCGAGCCAAUCAGGACCUGGAGGAGAAACUGCACGCUCUGCUGCGGAAGGUGGAGAGGGACAAAAAGACGAUGGACCAGGAGAUCGUGGAGCUCACCAACAAACUUCUGGAUGCUAAAAACACCAUCGACCGCCUGGAGGAGCUCAACGAGCGCUACAGGCAAGACUGCAACUUGGCCGUUCAGCUGCUCAAAUGCAACAAGUCCCACUUCAGGAACCACAAGUUUGCUGACGUAACUGCCUCGGAGCUGCAGGAAAUGCUCAACAAACACAUGAAGUCCAGCCUCCCGGAGCGAAGCCCCGCCCCCGGCGGCCAGGACCCGGACACGCUGAGCCUGACGCACGCCGACGUCGUGCCGACCUCCGUCAUCGCCCGCGUCCUGGAGAAACCCGAGCCGCUGGUUCUCAACUCGGCCCAGUCCAGCAGCUGCGGCCGGCCGGUGGCCGAGGACGUCUUCGUCCACGUGGACAUGACGGACCCGGCCGGCGCCGAGGCCCGGGACGACGGCGCCGGCCGGGAGGCGCCGCAGCACAACGGUUCCUGCCGCAGCCAGAACAGCCUGGAAGAGGAGGUGGCGGGUCCGGCCUUCGAGAAGCUCAACCCGUACCCACCGCCGCCUCCGCCUCACCCGCUCUACCCGGGUCGCAAGGUCAUCGAGUUCUCGUCUGACGACAAGGUGAAGAUCCCCAAGAACUCGCCGCUACCCAACUACUACGCCACGAGGCAGGCCAUCUCCCUGAGCCUCGUCCAGAACGACGACGAGCGGGUCGGCCCCGGAAGCCCCGCCCCUUCCUCCUCGUCCGGCGGUGGGCGGAGCCACCAACACACGCCGCCAUCGCAACGAGACGCCGCGAGCGAGGCGCUCUCCGCUCAGUCCAGCCCCUUCAGCAGCCCCCGCAGAGAUCCUACUAUAUGCGCCGAGCGUCCCGGCAGCUCCGCCAGCUCCGAGGAGGAUCUGCUUGCCAACUGGCAGCGGAUGUUCGUGGAGAAGAUGGCGCCCUCUAGCGAGGGUUCCGUGAUGCACCGCACCUCGUUCAGCAGCCAGACGGCACAGGAGCUGCAGAGGCGGCGGCAGACGGCUGGGGGAGGGGCCAGCUCAGACCGCCACAGGACGGCGUACUCGGACGGAGAGGAAGGCUCGUCGGCACGCAGCUGGACGCCGAGCCGCGGCUCCAGUCUGGACACGGAUACCGACACGGAACCGCAGCCCGGCAGGAGGCGCUACGGCGCCGGGAACAGCCCAGAGGAGGCGGAGCUGCUGAUGGACCUGGAGGACGAAACCGGCAGCGCGGACACUGCCGUCACCGUGACGACCACAGACGCCCACAGGACGACUGUGGAGGACGACAGCUCGGCCGAAGAGAGAGACAUUCUUCCACGCGAGCUGCCCGCCAUCUCGCCCCGCCUCCUGGAGUUCGACCCCAUCCCUGGCCCACAGCGGCCAAUGAGGAGCCCCAAGAGGAUGGGCGUGCACCACCUGCACCGCAAGGACAGCCUGACCCGAGCCCAGGAGCAAGGCACGCUGCUGGACUGACCGUCGCCGCGGGAUCCUAGCCGCAGGCUCUGCCCAGAAAAUAGCCAUACCUGACGUACGCUGCCGAUCGAGUCCACUUCCUGUUUACACAAACAGACAGGAUCCAGAAAAAUUGGCCAUCCUUUAAUUUGGCGAUCCAGAGCCGCUCCACCGGGUGACCCAGCGGUUUUUUUAUUUUACUUCCUGUUUUGUGAUGCGACGUCAUCAUCAGGAAACCGUCAUCAGUGUUAGAAGGUGAACUUUGACCUGAGGUCCAGCCUUACCCGGUUCCUGAUUAUCAGUGUGGUUCUGAAUCAAUGUCGGAAACCCAGAAAUGUCUCAUUUCCCCAAACAGAUGCUUUUAUUUUGAAAGAACAAAUUGGACACCUCAGAUUCUCAGUGCCUCCAUCACUUCCUUUCCAGAGGUUGUGAGUUUGAUGCUGGGCUCAAGUUAAAGGCUUUUAUUUUGAUAUCUGUAGCUGCUGGUUUCCUGUCGUGUGAUCAGCAGGUGAUUGGCUGGUGUUUGUCCCCACCCCCUCCACCUCACACACUGAUUGUCUCACAGGGGGCGGGGCAGUGGACGGAGCUCCAGCUCACUUGGAAUGUGUCAUCACCAUUUUGCUUCUGAAAUCUGACUUUCUGAUUGGUCACCACUGAGUUUGAUUUGCUUUAUGAUUUCUACGGCAUCCUGUUAGUGCCAAAACAUGGCUAAAGCUCCUCCUGGUGGUGACGGGAGGAAGUACAGCUCUGUUUUUGGUGCCUCAGGGCUUCCAUAGCCAGCGGCGCUGGGCCUCUGCGGCGCCAGUCCUAAUGUGGACCCGCCUCCUCACAGUGCUGAUUGUGGCUCAUCGGACCAACCAGCCGAUCACUGAAUGUUCUGAUGAGCGGUUCUGGCCGGAUCCGUUACUGAAUGUUCCGUCUCUCACCAGAACUUUUUCUGUUCUGAACGUUCAGAAAUUAUUUUCAUAAAAACUGAAAUAUUUGGUUUAUUUUGAUUCUGGUUGAAUGUUUGCUUCUUCAGUCUCAACAACUUCACACGUCAACCAUUUGGGUCCAGUUUCCUGUCCAGAUCUGAUCAGAACCUCUGUUCACUCUGAAGGUUCGGGUUCGUAAUCCUGAAGAACUCAGCAACCCAGAUCAGAGAGUUCUUCAGAACUCUCCGACCCAUUUCUGUCUGAGGAUAGCAGAAAUUUCUGAUGCUCAGUUCUGAGGUCUGGUCUGUGUUCUGCUGAAUUCUGGUCCAAACCAUCUGGAUUUAGUCACCAUCAGAGCUUAUUGGGUUGGAACCUGGAUAGAACCGGUUCCAGUACCAGAACCGGAGCUGAGUUAGGGUUCUGGAUCGGUUCUGGAGGCAGGAAUCAGAACCUUUUGACCCAAACAAAACUGGUCCAGCCAAUCAGGUUUUACUGCAGAGAAUCAGCUGCUGAUGAAUUAUUCACUCUUUUCCAUCUUGUUUGGUUCUGCUGGUUCUGAGGUUUUGGGUUGGUUUUGAGCCACCGGGUCAUAUGCAGGAGGUUCUGUCCAGUCUGAAUCUGAACUGUUUCUGGGUUAGAACCAGAACCAGCAGAACUUCAGCUACAGGUCCUCACAGAGACACAUUGACCCGCCUGACCGUGUGCUUAGUAUCUCAUGAGCCCCACAAGGCUGGAAGACGAGUGUGUGUGUGUGUGUGUGUGUGUGUGUGUGUGUGUGUGUGUGUAUGUGUCCUUCCUCCAUCUUUAAUAACUCUUCCUAAUGAACAGAACCAGCCAGGCUCACCUUCAUAAUUCCUUCUCUCCCCCACCCUCCAUUUGUUUGACCUCUGACCUUCUGAUUAUGGUCUGUACUUCUCCUAUUGAUUAUCACUCAGAUUUAAUUAUUCAAUCUGAUGAAGGAUCAGAACCUUCUGGACCACAACCUUUGGUUCUGGAUUGGUUCUGAGACUUAUCAGAUCCACUGACCUCAACAGAGGACUGAGAUCAUGACCCUGAGGAACGCUGACAGGAACCAGAACCUUCCUGUCCUCGUUGAACCAGUGUGUCAAAGAUCCGUUUGAACGUUUUCUCAGAUUAAUAUAUGUAUUAACAAUCAGACUGAAAUUCAUCUGAUCAGCACCAGAAUGAUCCGGUUCAGCCACGUCCGAAUUGAUUGACCUGAGUUCCAUCAGAACCACUUCAGUUAGUGAUUUGGGUUGGGAAGUUCUGGUUCUGCAGGUCAGAACUCAGUUUGAAUCAUUUUAUAGUCUCCCUUUGACCUGGUCUCCUUGGAGAUUCUGGAGAACCAUCAGAACCUGAUAUAAACUUGGCAUGAAGUGAGGCGGUGCGUUUGGGCGUCUCCUGAUGUGUUUGGGUGCCAUCAGUGUUUUUCUCCACUCUGACGCUGAAUGAAGCUCAUUCGGAGCCGAGGCCCUCACCUGGACUCACCUGGGGUCACCUGGGGUCAAGUGGACAUUGAUCGGGGGACUUAAGCCCAGCUUCCUCCAGGUGCUGCUCUCACCUGGCUGAGCUCAGCGGUUUCUGCUCCAGAGAAAUCUCUGACUGUUAAACUGGUUUUAUUUUCUCAGUUUGAAACAAUGAUGUAUAUUUUAAAAAAAAUAAAAUAUUUUAAACGAA